AAAAUAAAAAAUAAAGCUUCUUUUUGAAAGUCCCAAUUUUGUAGAGCUUGCGCAUUUACCGCUGAAGUUUAUUAUUCCACUUCCUCUCUGUUUUUCGUGAAGGCAACUUCACGUCGGUGAUUGUAUCCACAAUUCGGCAUUUUGUGGUUAGUUAGUGCAACUAGUUUUACGGUAAAUAGUACAGUAACUUAAACAAAAAUGACCGAACAAAGUUUACCACCACCAGUAAUGUGGGCGCAAAGAACGGCCGUAGUAUUUUUAACAAUCAAUUUAGAAGAUGUAAAAGACCCUGAAAUAAAAUUUGAAAAGGACUCGGUAUAUUUCAAAGGUACUGGUGGUGUAGAGAAAAAGACUUAUGAAGUUACAAUCCCUUUAUACAAAGAAAUUGACCCAGAAAAAAGUAAAAGUUUUCAAAGAGGUAGAUGUAUUGAAAUACUCCUUGUGAAAGCUAAUGGUGAUGAACCAUAUUGGCCAUCACUAACCAAAGACAAAAAGAAAUUCCAUUGGUUGAAAUGUGAUUUCAACAAAUGGCAUGAUGAGGACGAUUCAGGUGAUGAAGGCUUAGGUGGUAUGGGUGGCGGAGGCGAUUUUGAUGAAAUAAUGAAACAAAUGGGAGGUUUAGGUGGUGCUGGUGGCAAAAAACCUUCCUUUGAUGAUUUAGAUGAUGGUGAAGAAGCAGAUUCAGAUGAUGAGCCAAUUCCCGAUCUUGAAUAAAUGUUAGAUCAAUAAAAUCAACCUAACGAUACAAACUUAAGUUUUGUAUUUUACAUUAUUACUAAGCCAAUUUUCCACCUGUUUAUGUUACAAAUAAAACGUCUUUAGUGGUA